AUGAAGCUCGGCUACGACAUCCUCCUGGCAUUAGGCCUUGCUGCGGUGGUGAGCGCUCGUCCACAUUUCCCUCGCGAUUGGAAUUCGACCAUCGUAGGUACUACUACAACAGCUACCAAGCCUUGUAUUACGAGCACGAGCCUGCCUCCUCCUCCACCGCCUCCAGUAUCUAUCUCCAAUUCAACGUUGACCCCUACAUCGAUUGCUGUUACCUCCACGGAAACGGAGCCCUGCACUACAUCCACACCUCCUCCUCCUCCUCCUCCUCCUCCUCCUAGCACCACUACCACCGCGAUUGUCACGAUACCUUGCUCUAGCAGUGUUGCUAGCGAGACUACCCCCGUCGUGCCUCCGCCAGAGAAUGAGACUGAGAGUGCCACACCUACUCCUUCUGUCCCCUCUGCCCCCUCUAUCGCCCCGGUACCACCGGUAGAAACACUGCCUAGCAUCAGUGCAAUUGCGACCACUCCAGCCCCUACAGCUUCUAAAAUCCCUACAAGCACAGCACCACCAAUAUUUACCGGUGCUGCGUCGGUCAUCACUGCACCGCCUGGAAGCGCUGUUGUGGCUGCUAUCAUGGCUGUUCUCGCCGUGUUCUAG